CUGAUUCUUUUAACCGUUGACAGCAGCUUCCUUCAUGGCACAUUAUUUCCAAGAUUCUCGAGAAGCAGCCCAGGAGGAUUUUUUUUUCCUCUAUCAUCCUUCUGGGGAUAAUUGUUGAUGAUGUGACGUCAGUGGGAUUGAUUUCUAUUCAAUGGCUCAGAAAGAGAGAGAGAGAAAGCAGGCAGAAAUGUGCAGCAGCCUUUUGACAAAAGGACUCCUGCAUUAUCUGCGCUGGUUAACACCAGAACAAAGCAGUAGCUCAAUUACUGCUGUUCAGCCGCGGUAAUGCUACAUUCCAAUAACCGCUUUUUGCAGAUUUUUUGGAUGUUCAAUAGUUGAUGGCUGAUAGCAGAGGCUCCUGCAUUAACUUGACAGUACUGAUAAUGAAUCUUAUCUGUCUGGCUACCCGAAUAGGAUUAUAAGACUGGAAAGUGCGUCACAAGGACCUUUGGAGAUUGAGGAAUGCUAUUCUGCCACCAUGAUGGAAGGGUUGAAAAAACGUACAAGGAAGGCUUUUGGUAUACGCAAGAAAGAAAAAGACACUGACUCGACGGGUUCGCCAGAUCGAGAUGGCACUAAGAAAAGUAAUGGUGCUCCAAAUGGAUUUUAUGCAGAAAUCGACUGGGAGCGAUAUAAUUCCCCAGAAGUUGAUGAUGAAGGUUACAGCAUCAGGCCGGAUGACAAAUCAGGUUCUACCAAAGAGAAACACUUUUAUUCGUCAAGUGAAUCUGAAUCAGAAGAAGACACGCGGCGAAAAUUCAACAUUAAGAUUCGGCCUCUCCAGGCUAAAGAUUCCAUCUUGUGUGUGGCAGCAUCAGUGGAUGAGUUGAAGGCUUCUGUGGGAAAUAUUUCUCUGUCACCUUCACCAAUGAGGCGCAGUCCAGCAAUUAUCAAACGGAACUUAUCCAGCGAAGAAAUAGCUCGACCAAGACGGUCAACACCCACAUCAGAAGUUGUCAGUAGUAAAAAGGUGCCAGAGGAUACUGCAUCACUGAUUCCACUCUUUGGCCCACCAUUGGAGUCUGCUUUUGAAGGCAUUACAUCAGAAGCUGUCAUUGAUCAACCUGAGAUCUGGGGGCCAUUCGAAGCCACUGACUCCGAAAGACAGUCAUCUUUGUCGACUCGGUCAUUCCCUAUUGGAACUCCCCCACCACUGCCCCCAAAACAUGUCCCAGCCACACCACCUCGCACAGGAUCACCAUCAGCAGAAGGUUCAGACCACACUAUUCUGAAAGGCACCAAGUCAGACCUUGAUGCAGCAACGCAGCAAGCUUUACCGAAUUCAGCCCUUGGGACUAUAGGGAGUGACCAGGGCAAAGCAGAGCCCCAGCCUGAUAAACUGUUGUCUAUCAGUGACCUGGAUGAUAUUUUUGGCCCGGUUGUAUCUCUCAGAUCUGGACUUAUCCUGUCGAAGAACAAGUGGAUUGAUUUCUCUGAUCAACCUGCUAGCGAUGAGGUCUCACCAGUGGCUUGGGGUGAAAACAAGUCCCUUGAUGCCCCUCCAAGUGUUUCUGUGCCUCUAGACCAUGACGGGAGUGAGAAAAAGAGUUCUGAGCAGGUUUUGGUCAAGAAUGAAAAGAGCGAGUCAUCCUCCUCCCUGAAAGAGCUGGCAAUGGUGCAAAAGACCACACCCCCUCCCCCUCCACCUCCUACCUACAGAACAGUGGUAUCUUCUCCAGGACCCAGUUCAGGCAGUGGCGUAUCCAACAGCAGUGGUUCUUCAUCUCCUGCCCGUCCAGCAACACCAUUGAACGUGACCAGUAACACUCCUCCUCCUCCACCACCUCGCCCUCCAUCGCGGCCUAAACUGCCUCCUGGAAAACCUAGUGUUACCGACAUGUCCAGGUCUUUUAGUCCUCCAAUACAUUCAUCUAGUCCUCCACCAGUAGCACCACUAGCUCGAGCAGAAAGCACUUCCUCCAUAUCGUCAACUAACUCACUGAGUGCUGCCACCACUCCUACAGUCGAGAAUGAUCAACCCUCCUUGGUAUGGUUUGAUAGAGGAAAAUUUUAUUUGACUUUUGAUGGGGCUUCCCGAGGACCCAGCCCCUUGACAAUGGGUGCACAGGAUACACUCCCUGUUGCCGCAGCCUUUACAGAAACUGUCAAUGCUUAUUUCAAAGGAGCAGAUCCAAGCAAGUGUAUUGUGAAAAUUACAGGAGAAAUGGUUCUAUCGUUUCCAGCUGGCAUCACCAGGCAUUUUGCCAAUAACCAAUGCCCUGCAAUUCUCACAUUCUGCAUAACAAACUGCAGCAGGUUAGAACACAUCCUGCCAAACCCACAACUUCUCUGCAGUAGCACUUCGCAAGGUGAUGCCAAUACAAGAGAAUUCUGGGUAAACAUGCCAAAUCUAAUGACUCAUUUAAAGAAAGUAGCUGAGCAGAAACCAUCAGCCACAUAUUAUAAUGUGGAUAUGCUAAAGUAUCAGGUCUCUUCACAGGGUAUUCAGUCCACACCAUUGAAUCUAGCAGUGAGCUGGCGCUGUGAACCCACCAGCACUGAUCUCCGAAUAGAUUAUAAGUAUAACGCAGAGGCAAUGGUUACACCUGUCGCUCUCAAUAAUGUCCAGUUCCUCACUCCUGUAGAUGGAGGAGUAGCAAAAGUACAAGCUGUACUUCCACCUGCUGCCUGGAAUGCUGAACAACACAGGAUACUUUGGAAGAUCCCAGAUAUAUCCCAGAAAUCAGAAAAUGGAGGUGUUGGAUCUCUCCUCGCCAGGUUUCAGCUAUCAGAAGGACCAAGUAAGCCUGCAACAUUGGCUGUCCAAUUCACCAGUGAAGGGAGCACUUUGUCGGGCGUCGAUAUUGAAUUGGUUGGGGCAGGAUAUAGGUUUUCACUCAUCAAAAAGAGAUUUGCAGCAGGGAAAUACAUGGCCGACAACUGAAUUCUCACAACAUUGUCCAGUGUUCAAUGUUACUCACCGGACAGCUUUUUAAAAACAAACAGGAGAUGUUAAGGACUGAACCUGUAACCAAACUUUUAUUCACUGAUUUCAAACUUCUGUUCCAUGCAGCCAGAGCAUUUCCAACAAGAACUCAGAACAGCAGAAUUUGCCGACCAGUCCUGCAGUAUUAUUAUAUGAUUGAUGUGACAUUGGUAACAUUUCGUAUUUUACAGUGUAAUAAAUGUAUUUGUAAUUUGGUAUUCACUUCUUCCCCAUACUCUUCACCUCAGAUACCCCUGUAUUUCAGCUGUUAUAGGCAUUUCAGAAAUAUCACAAUUAACCUAUAGGCCAUGCCUCUUCAAACAUAGAGCAUUGUAUUUGACUUGAGUAGCAUUGUCUAAGAACUACAUUGCAUUAUUUCAAUUUUUAGCCUUUUGAUCAACCAGUAUUGAUGCCGAUUGUUUUCAGAUUUUAAUUACUUUUUUUACUGUUCACAAGCGUAUAUUUUUGAUGUUGAAAAUCUGCCCUGGGAUCACCCAUUUAGUGAAUGAGAAUCAAUUUGCAACGCAAUGCUAUGUUUUAGAAGAAUGCCUUGUAUAGUUUGAGAGAGAGGUGUGCAAUAUGGUUAUGUAAUUAUCUUGUUUAUGCAUAGUAAGGAGGAAAGGCUGUAAAGUUUUCAGAGAUCGAAUGAAAAUCCAAUAAUGCUGGAUUUUGUAACAAAAACUGCAAAGGAGGUCAGUCAGCAUCUGAGCAAGAGGUUAACACUCAGACAUUAAUCAAUGCAUAAGGUGCCACCAAAUACAUAAAUCUUUCAGCUGAAGACUAACUCUGAGCAGGUGGGAUCUUAAUGCUGGCUGCCUGGAAUUCUAUGUCACUGUCAUGUCAAUGCUGAAAGUCAUACACGUGUUACUGUGAAUAAUGGUUCCAGCAGCUUCUUAAAAAGACAUUUAUUUUGCUUUGGUAAUGUAGUUGAAAUUUUAUAUAAUAAAAAUGAAAUUAUUUAAAAGCAGAAAAAAGGUUGCAAUAUGAACGCGUGGACAAAUUACGAUCUGGAAUUUCAUUUUCAGGGUUCCAUCACACAUACGCAGCUGUUUUUAUAUUAUCAGUUAUAAAUCAGUUUUGCAUUGAUGCAUUUGCUGAUGAAACAUUGCUUAAGGCUUUUUAAAGGAGUCUGUCUGGUAUACAGAGGAUAUUCAUCACUAGAAUUAGCUAGAAUGUAAAAAGGAACAUUCUCUCCCCAACAUACUGCCCUAACAAAAUAGUUCUGAACUUCAUUGAUUCAAUAUCGAUGGUUCCUGAAUCUUUGGUGCAUCGCUGUACAAAGUGUGUGGAUAUAUAAAGGAAAGAGUUUAUUGUUUUGCACAUUUGCCACUGAACAUAUCUCCAUCUUCUGUUCACUGAGUGAUACUAAAGAACAUGGAAAACACAGUGAAAUAUUUUUGAAAGAUAAAAUCAAUACUAAUGUUAUUGGUAAAAGAUUAUUGGCGAUACAUAUAAUUUGCUUAUAUUUAUCUUCAACUGUCAAUAGCACUUGCUGCUGUCGUAAUAAUGUAUGAAUGUGAAAACAGGAGUGAUUCUGCCAGUUAUGGUAACACCUGCAAAGCCCUUUCUCAAAUCGCAAGCUCACCUCAAAAAGAAAGUUGAAGUACAGGGGAUUCAACUUAUGCAGUGGUAAGAAAACAGUGAUUCCAGACUAAACCACUAAGGGACUGCAGUGUUCAUGAGCAACAACUCCAUUCCUGCUAAACAGACCACUUUCCACAACACCAUUUUUUAAAAAAAGAUCCAUUUGCAACUUUAAAGGACUUGCAUGUGCAAUUACAUCAACAUGUGUGCUACUUUUAAAGUCAACCCAUCUACCAGAGAAAGUGUUCUGUAAUAUAAGUGAGCUAACUGUUAUAUUUGGAGCCGGGAGCUGGUUUUAAAUGAAUCAUAAUUUGGUGCAGUGUGGAAAUGUUUUUCAUAUCUGAUGUGCUCCCUCAAUGCUAAUGAUAAAGCAGGUAUUGCUCCUUUAGCUGUCUAUUACAUAUGGCCCUCAACACAUAAUAAUCUACUUUGACCUUAUUUAAGCUGUCUGUCAAAAAAUGAGAAUUAUUUUUUAGGAGUAUUGCAGGGCCAUUCCACACAGAUGCUGUGCACAAUGAGUGUACAUGUAAGGAUUUCAGAAAAAUAACUAGAUCUGACCAAUUCAUUUUGCUUAAGAAUAGUUCAUUGACAGUUAAAUGGCCUCCUGGUAAAGGUACUAUUGGCUAUAAAAGUGCAUGUGUAGACCAAAAAGUCUAAGGUUUCAUCCCUGGUCUGUGAGAGCUGAUCUCAAAUGAGCAGCAGCUGAAGAGCGACAUCAGCCUUAGCAUCCCCUGGGCCUUGAAGGGAAAAAUUGGCCAGGUAUCCCAUCCCUGAUUACGAGGCAGUGGCUCCUAAUGGAAAGAGCUUGUAACUGGAUGUUGGUUGAGAACAGAAUCUGCUUGAAAAGCUUGUCAAUACCCUUUUUGAGGGAAUAUAUAGACACAAAUACACACAAAAGUUAAAUAUUUGGGGUGAAGUACUGAAAGGCUUUUAGGCCUGUGCAACCAUAUCCCAACAGGAGUCAACUGUUUCAGAAAAGAGCAAGAAUAUUGGAACAAAAAUAAGAAAUAGCUCUAUUCAUCUUGAGUGCUAUUUUGUAAAUACCUUUUUUAUAUAUACAUAAAUACAAAUAUAUGUCAUUUCCUCAGUGGCUGUAAUCCCUGUUGGUUCAUUGCACAUAAUUAUGAAUAUGCAAUUAUGUUUUAAUGUAUUAUGUAGUAAAGAAAUGGUCUGGCCAUUUAUAAAUCAAAUUCUAAAUUCUAUACAGUAUGGAAAUUAAACUGUAAUAACCAUUCAAAAAGUUAA